GCUCCUCCUCUAAUCUUGGUUUAACACAACAGCACACACAGCUGUUAAAAGCUCACAAUCAACCCAGAAAGGAAAGAGCUAAAGGCAAAGGGUUAUUUUUCGUCAAGAAACAGCUUGGAGUGAAGUCAGAGAAGGACUUUGAUCCUCAGGGGUAGAAUUGCUGAAGCCCAGCUCUGUGCAGACGUUAGGAGGAGAGGAGGAGUAUAAAAUCCAAGCCCAUUCCAGUGAGUCUUUUUCCUUCAACCUUUUCCUUGGAAGGAUGCAGCCUCAAGACAUAGGUGUUCAGUACAGCAGGUGGAACGACAGUAGUCGUGAUGAAGUCAGUGUGAACACAUCCACUGCCGAGGUGUCGGGAAGUAAAAGAAUCUACACUAAGCUGUGCACUGGGAAAAUCGGCAUUGCAGUUAAAGUGAUUGGAGGAAACAUCCUCUUUUGGACGGUUUUUGUCAUUGGCUACGUGACAGGUUACUAUGUGCACAAGUGCAAGUAGAAGUAACAGUGAAAUUCACCGGCAGGACCCCAGGCCUGGAUAUCUCUGGUGAGGUAAUCCCAACCCUCCCUGUCCAGUUCCCACCCCCAAUCAGGCAGUCAGCAAGCAUGCAUGCAAGAUGCAGGAAUCUUCACUAUGUGUCGUAUGAGCACCCAAAGGGAACCAUCAGCAUCAGGAUUAGGGAGGUGCACAGAGCCAGUGCUAGAUGCAGCACUUCUUGCUGCCUACGAGAGAACGGAUUGUACAGUCUCAGCUGACGGCUCAACAAAGGCAAAGGAGGAACUCGAAAUGGAUGUGCUCUCCCUCAUGGAUCAGCAAAAUGUGCUGUUUCCAAAAUCUGUCACUGCUGCCAAAAUGACCUGUAUUGCAAUGAGAACAGCUUCUUGGUCCUGCGGUUUCCAUCCCUACCCCUUAUGACACACCCAUCAGCAGGGGAUCUGGGUACCGGUUUUGCAUGGGCAUGUUUUCUAUGAGCUUCUUAAUGGCAUCUGCAUAUCUCCUGGCACAUCUGUAUGCAUGUGAAAACACCUGUUUUGUGAGCACAUAAUGGGUAGUUGUGUGAGCAAGCCUGUCACUGGGCACCCAACCUCUGUUUGUGCACCUGACUGCACAUGCAGGGGACUUUAAUCACAAUUCCUUAGCAGUCACUGGAGCCCUUUGUUGAUCACUGGGUCGACACACACACGCUUCUAUUUGUCUAUGACUUUUCCAGGGGCAAGGUGCUGCUCCCUUACAUUUGGGAUCUUUCUCUUUUCAAGCCCUUAUUUCUACCCCACACUUUACUAGAGGCUGCGAGUGCAGUGCCUGGAUUCACAGGACUUGCUGACCCAACCUUUGAAACUUCUUUAUGCUCCAUCAGUCACGUCAGCCAGGAAGAUUAAAGGCUUUUGCACACAACUCCUCUACUAACUCCUCAGGAAGGCUGCAUGCCAGCUCCCAGUGUAGUUGGGUUCAUUAUAAACCAGUUUGAUGGGAAUCUUUAUUUUAAUCAGCACCUCACUGGCUUCCCCCUGCAAAGGAACCUGUUGCUCCCUGUAAUCAUGUUAAUAUUUCCUUUAGACAGCUCUCUUCAAGGCCAGGGCUCUCACACAGCCUGUUUUAUAGGAUUUUCAAACUGUGCAGCAGGCAUGCAAAGCUCUGUAUAUUUCUGCAACAGAGUCAAAUAAUUUUAAGCAAUAAAAAGCAGAUUUAAAGCCAA